CGAUAUCCGGUUGCCAUGUGCCAAAAAGCCACGAAAGCGAACUGAAACAUUGCGGUUGCUCUACUGAAUCUACCUAUGCAGCCUUUAGGUCUCGAAACACGCCACACGCUCCACGACCGCAGAAGAAUCCAAAGCACCUUCAGCGCGCCGAUCGGCUGAACGUCAGUUUCCACAUUCCUUUGCGAUAUGGGGGUCGAAAAGCGAAUUAACGAUGAGGAAAUGCAGCCGCUUGCCGAGCGGGAUGAUGAGUCGAGAGACUCUAUCGAUUCGACGUCCACUGCCUCCAUAUCCUUUGCGCUCCUCGGUGGAGCUAACCGUUCGGCGCACGGUGGCCGAGUUGCUCGUACUCGAAAGUCCGAAAACCAGGAGAAAUACCAUGAUGAUGAAGAGGAGGGUGAUUUGGAGGAAGGAUUUGUUCCCCCCGCAGGCGGAUGGUCGGCUCCAAGGAGAGUGAGCGUGAUAUUCACACUCAUCGUUACGCUGUGCAUUGCCGGGUGGUUGGUGGCCUUUUUUGUCCUGCUGGGACGUCACAAGGAUUCUAGCAAAGACGCCGCUGUGUCGCAGGGAGAGAGCAAUAUUAUACCAGGCAUUUACUCCGGAGGAAGAGGAGGAAAGAAACUCGACCUGGACGGAGUCUUAUUUGGCAAUUGGAGCCCAAAAAGCCAUGACAUAUCGUGGUUUCCAGGUCCUAAUGGAGCAGAUGGCUUGCUUCUUGAGCAGGGUGGUGACAGAAACAAGGCGUAUCUGCGUGUGGAGGACAUCAGGAGCCGGAAUCCUGGAAAUAAGGCAGAUGAUACAAUCGUUCUAAUGCGAGAGUCAUCAUUCAUGGUUGGGAAGAGACUCGUCCGUCCAAGCAAAGUCUGGCCGAGUCCAGACUUGAAAACUGUCCUUGUCAUGUCGGAUCAACGAAAAAAUUGGCGGCAUUCGUAUACCGGAAAUUACUGGCUAUUCGAUGUUGAAACGCAAACCGGAGAACCUCUCGACCCCGAAUCCCUUGACGGAGGGAUACAACUAGCAUCCUGGUCGCCCAAUUCUGAUGCUAUAGUUUUCACAAGAAAAAAUAAUAUGUUUAUACGAAGAUUAUCGUCCAAAAACGUGAAGCAGAUCACGACGGACGGGGGCACGAACUUGUUCUACGGUAUUCCUGACUGGGUAUACGAAGAAGAGGUAUUCUCUGGCAGCAGUGCUACAUGGUGGGAUGGUGACGGGAAAUUCGUUGCAUUUCUACGAACUAACGAAUCAAGAGUUCCCGAAUACCCGGUGCAAUAUUUCAUUCCUAACACGAACAAACCCAGUCGCCCGAGCGAGGAGAACUAUCCUGAUAUUCGCAAAAUCAAAUAUCCGAAAGCCGGGGCCCCCAAUCCAGUUGUGAACAUUCAAUUUUUUGAUGUUGAGAAGGAGGAGGUUUUCUCAGUUGACGUGGAAGACGAUCUACCCGACGACGAUCGCCUCGUUAUCGGAGUUACCUGGGCAUCAAAUGGAAACGUCCUGGUUCGGGAGACGAACCGCGAGAGCGAUCGGCUCUCCGUGGUGUUGAUCGAUGCAGCGAAACGAGCGGGUAAGGUUGUCAGAUCACGGAACUUCUCUUCUUUGGAUGGAGGAUGGGUAGAGCCAUCCCAGACAACGCAUUUUGUACCAGCAGACCCCAAGAAUGGACGGCCACAUGAUGGAUAUAUCGAAACUAUCCCCCACGAUGGCUUCGACCAUCUGGCUUAUUUUACACCCAUGGAUAAUUCGGAGCCGACUGUUCUCACAUCGGGCGACUGGGAGGUGGUCGAUGCACCGUCCGCGGUGGAUUUGAAACGAGGACUCGUAUAUUUCGUUGCUGCGAAAGAAAACCCCACAGAACGCCAUAUAUACACGGUGAAGCUCGACGGGUCUGGUUUACAGCCAAUCGUAGACACUAAAUCCGCAGGAUAUUACUCCAUUUCUCUUUCUGCAGGCGCGGGAUACGCUCUGUUGAAAUAUGAAGGUCCGGAUAUUCCCUGGCAAAAGGUCAUUAGCACACCCGCAAAUGAGGAGAAGUAUGAAGAGUCUAUAGAGAAGAACCCGGGUCUGGCAGAUAUGGCCAGGAAAUAUGCGCUCCCGUCUUUACACUAUCAGACCAUAACGAUCAGCGGUUAUGAGCUCCAAGUGGUGGAGAGAAGACCCGCAAAUUUCAAUCCAGACAAGAAAUACCCUGUUUUGUUCCAUCUAUAUGGUGGGCCAGGAUCGCAAACUGUUACCAAAAAGUUCAAAGUCGAUUUCCAAUCCUAUGUUGCGUCUAACUUGGGGUAUAUCGUGGUGACUGUAGAUGGUCGGGGCACAGGUUUCAUCGGAAGAAAGGCUCGUUGCGCAGUACGUGGGAACCUUGGCCAUUAUGAAGCCAUUGAUCAAAUUGAAACCGCAAAGGCCUGGGGAAAAAGGUCGUAUGUCGAUGCGGAUCGCAUGGCUAUCUGGGGGUGGAGUUAUGGUGGUUUCAUGACACUGAAAACACUAGAGCAAGAUGCUGGGCAAACCUUUCAGUAUGGCAUGGCUGUAGCUCCGGUAACUGAUUGGCGAUUCUAUGACUCCAUCUACACCGAACGCUAUAUGCACACUCCCCAGAACAAUCCAGAGGGAUACGACCGUUCUGCAAUUUCCAACGUCACCGCCCUUGACCAGGCUGUUCGCUUCAUGAUCGUCCAUGGCUCCGGGGACGAUAACGUGCAUAUACAAAAUACUCUGACCCUCUUGGAUAAGCUCGAUCUCGGCAGCGUGAAGAACUUCGAUGUCCAUGUUUAUCCAGAUUCAGACCACAGUAUCUAUUUCCAUAACGCGAACAAGAUGGUGUAUCAGCGACUUUCUGACUGGCUCGUUAAUGCUUUUAACGGCGAGUGGGUGAAAACACGGGAUCCUAUCCCUCAUAAGUCUCUUGCUCGGCGAGCACUUGGACUCAUCAACAUAUUGAGAAAUGGCUAAAGUGGAAAUUACUCUAUUGGCGUUUGGAGAUAUAUAUAUCUACGUUUUGAAUUAUUUUUUUGCCCCACUGUUCUGAGAUCUGAAAGCAGUCUCAGCAUAUCUUGCUGAGUGGGUUUGCUUUUCGGUGCUUUUGUUUGAGCGAAUGCAAGGCGUUUUUGUUGGUUGGACCAUCUUCCGGAAGACCAUAUGCAUGAAUGAUUCUCCUAUGGCCUAGCUGGCCUUAAUGUACACUAUAGAUCAGAGGAAUCCUCUUAAAACGACUUCUAGCA